AUGAGUGAGAAAAACUUGAGUGAUGAAACCCCGAAGCUACAACGAAACAUAACCCCGAAGAACUUGUUGGAUGCGCUGCUUGGACCGGUAUCGAACACGGAGUCGGAUAAUCCUCCACCGAAUGCGGAGCCGAUUUGUCAGCCUACGGAAACAGUAGCACAACAGAAAGCAGCACAAGCCAAACGUCUGGAAAAACAAAAGAUGGAGCAGAAACUCGAAAGGCUAUUGGAUCGGCGCGAUUUGCUGAAAAUAAAGCUCAACCAAAUCGAAGAGACGUUGGAAGAGCAUGGAAACAAUAUCCACUGGCUGAAUUUGCAGAUGGAAAGUAUUCGUCGGUGCUACGACGACAGCGAGAAAAUACAUUUGGAGAUUUGCGAAAUAGUUUCUCGUGACCAGCGGAAGGUAUUCACGGAUGUUUACCUUCAGUUCGACAAGUACUACAACAACUUGUACGUGCAGAUCCAAACUGCAAUAGCGAAGCUGAAAAGUGAUGAAGAGAGAGUCAAGCAAGAGUCAGAGAAGUCCCCUGCGGCAUCCGCCGCGCCACACCAACCGGUUGUGAUGAAUUCUGCUAUCCCGCACCUACACGUACCGUUGCCGACUUUCGACGGAAGCCUCGAGAACUGGUACUCGUUUAAAUGUAUGUUCCAGACUAUCAUGGACAGAUACCCCAACGAGUCCCCUGCCAUUAAGCUUUACCAUCUGAAAAACUCGCUUAUUGGUAGUGCGUCAGACAAAAUCGACCAAGAUGUGAUCAAUAAUAAUGAUUACAAGGCUGCAUGGAAGGUGCUCGAAGACGCAUACGAAGAUGAAAGGCUGAUCAUCGAUACCCACAUCGAUGCCUUGGAAAUGCUCCCCAAGAUGACGCGCGAAAACGGCGAAGAACUCCGGAAACUAAUUGAAGGCUGCUCGAAACACGUUGAUGCACUCAAGAACCUGCAACUACCCGUGGAAGGACUAGGCGAGAUGAUCCUCAUCAACACACUCGCCAAGCGUUUGGACAAGGUCACGCGUACGCUUUGGGAGUCGCAGUUGGAUCAAGAAGAACGUCCGUCGUUUAGCGAGAUGAUGGAUUUCCUGCGCGAACGAUGUCGAAUCCUUCAGAAAGUGAAAGGAUAUCCGGAUCACCGUGUACCAGCUACCACAACGAAGCCGAAGGGAAAAUUGGAGCAGAGGAACUUGCCGGCGAAGAACUUCGUCCAAGUAGUCCAGGAACGUUGCCCGUGCUGCGGCAGUGAUCAUGCGAUAUACAAGUGUGAAGAAUUCCGAAGAAUGUGUGUGUCAGAUCGCUACAACAAAGUGAAGACAGGCGGUUUAUGCUUCAACUGCCUUCGUCGCGGUCAUCGUACGGUGAACUGUAAAUCGGAACAAUCAUGCAAGACGUGUCGAAGGAAGCAUCAUAGUCUCCUACACGAGGACAAGGCUAUGGCAAAGAAGGAACCCCCUACUCAAGCUCCAACUGUUGCUGCAACCGGCGAUGGACAACCAACUGACCAGCCCCAAGGAUCUGUAAACUGUUCCCAAGUACUAACCGUGAAGAAACAAGUGCUUCUUUCUACAGCGAGUGUUUUGGUGUGCGGUUUAGGAGGGUUCAAAGUGGCUUGUCGUGUGCUCCUAGACUCUGGGUCCGAUUCAAAUAUCAUGUCUGAGGAACUCGCGAAAUGUUUGAAGCUCUCCUGGGAACGGAUCGAUCUUCCGAUUUCUGGGCUGAACAAUGCCGAAACUCAGGUCAAGUAUAAGCUGCGAACGAAGAUCUUUUCUCGUGUGAACCAGUUCAGUGCUCUGCUGGAUUUCUUGGUGGUGCCCAAACUAACCGCCAACUUGCCGAUGGUCGAAGUCGAUAUACGUUCGUGGCCGAUUCCAGGUGGACUAUCGUUGGCCGACCCGUCAUUCCACGUACCUAACGAAGUCCAGCUGAUCCUGGGUGCCGAGUUGUUUUACGAUCUACUCUUGGAAGGAAGGAUGAAGAUUAGCGACGAAUGCCCAACGCUGGUGGAAACUCGCCUGGGCUGGAUUGUGAGCGGAUCGGUGUACACCAGUAGCAACAAACGUCAGCACAACGUCUGCCAUCUGGCGGUAAUCAAUGAGGACUUGAAUCGAACCUUGUCGAAAUUUUGGGAGCUGGAAGCUUGUGGUGAGGCGUCUCUGCUCACUGCACAAGAGCACGCGGUUGAAAUGCACUUCCAACAAACCGUGUCACGGGAUGAUGAAGGUAGGUACACAGUUAGACUUCCGUUUAACAAUUUGAAGGAUCAGUUGGGCGACUCCUACGAAACUGCUCGCCAGCGGUUUGAAAAGCUGCUACGUACCUUCGUCGACGACACCAAGAAGACCCGUUACACAGCUUUCAUGUCGGAGUACUUGACGUUGGGUCAUAUGGUGAAAGUGAUGGACAGCCCUCUGGAUGGAUAUUUUCUUCCGCAUCACGCGGUUUACAAAGAAGCAAGCUCGACAACUAAACUGCGUGUAGUUUUCGACGCGUCGUCAAAAACGUCGUCUGGGUUGUCGCUAAACGACACGUUGAACGUAGGACCAACCGUACAAAGCGACCUGCUAUCGAUUAUGUUGCGUUUUUGCUCCCACCAAGUGGUGCUGACGGCAGACAUUCCCAAAAUGUACCGCCAGGUUCGAGUUCACGAGGAUGACCGGAUGUACCAAAGAAUACUUUGGCUCGACGACCAAAACCACAUCGCAACUUUCGAACUGACGACUGUAACUUAUGGCUGUUCCAGUGCGCCUUAUCUUGCGACGAGAGUCCUCAUCCAAUUAGCUAACGACGAAAAGCUCGAUCUACCGCUUGCAGCCAAAACACUGGUAGAAGACAGCUACAUCGAUGAUUUUCUGACGGGAGGAAAAACAGCAGAAGAAGUGAUCCAGAUCUACCACCAGCUGUCGGAGAUGCUGAAGCGAGGCGGCUUCGGUGCUCAUAAGUUUUGCUCCAAUGAUGCCACCGUAUUGAGCAAUAUUCCAGAAGAACUCCAGGAGACCCGAAUGGAUUUUGAGAAUGCGGACGUGAACGCCACUAUCAAAACACUAGGAAUCAUCUGGAAUCCCGACCAGGACCGUUUCAGCUUCUAUGUCAAAUCUUUCGAUUCUCAAAAGGGAUUUCCACCAACGAAGCGAACCGUGCUUUCCGAUAUUGGUCAACUUUUUGACCCACUGGGAUUUCUCGGACCAAUCAUCACAACGGCGAAGUUGAUCAUGCAGGACUUGUGGCGGCUCGGCUUGGCGUGGGAUGAAGAAUUGCCGCAGGAACAAAUGGAGAAUUGGAUGGAAUUUCGUAGACAACUUCCGGUGGUGAACAGUAUGAAGAAGAAACGAUGCGUAGUAGCUGAAGCAGGCAACGGUUUAGAACUCCACGGAUUCUCCGACGCAUCCAAAAAGGCCUACGGUGCGGUGCUGUACACCAGAUGCGUUUCUUCGGACGGAAAGAUCAACACAGAGUUGGUCUGCAGCAAGUCGCGGGUAGCCCCGCUGAAACCCACCACUAUUCCUCGGCUGGAGCUGUGCGGGGCCUUGCUUCUGGCCCAUCUAGUAACGAAGACGGUAGCAGCAUUGCAGAUCUCGUUUCAAAGUGUGACACUUUGGUGCGACUCACAAGUGGUUUUAUGCUGGUUGAAGAAAUCGCCGCUUGCUAUGAAUCAAUUUGUUUCGAACCGUGUGGCAACUAUCAUCGAGCUGACGCAAGACUACGAAUGGCGGUAUGUGCGGUCUGAGUACAACCCCGCCGAUCGGAUUUCGCGAGGUCUGAUGCCAGAUGCUCUCAACGAGGACGUUCUAUGGUGGAAAGGAUCGCCGAUUUUGAAUGAGAUGGAACUGCACACCGACGAGUACGACGAUACGAUCGAGUUACCUGAACAACGAAAAACGACGGCUGUCAGCACAAUGACCAGUGUGCCAACGAUCAAUCUCAACCGGAUGAGCGAUUUUCGACGGCUUCAGAGAGCGUGGGUUUUCGUGUUGCGGUUUAUUGCAAGCUGUCGAUCGAAGACUAGGAACACUUCAGAACCAACAGCAAAGGAAAUGGACGAGGCACUCCGUACAAUUGUCAAGCUAGUCCAACAGGAAGCGUUUGCGGAUUUGUUCAAGAUGCUAUCGAGCGAUUCGCAGAAGCGAAGCAACUACAGCGGAUUGUCCCCUUUUGUGGAUUCGGAUGGGCUGAUCAGAGUUGGCGGUCGGCUCAAGUACUCGUCGAUCCCGUACGAUGGAAAGCACCAGCUGCUACUUCCGGAUAAACAUCAAGUAACGCGCAUUCUUGUGAGGAAGCUCCAUGAAGAACAUCUGCACGUCGGGCAACGAGGCCUGCUGUCGAUUGUACGUGAAAGAUUCUGGCCGAUCAACGCAAAAACAUUGAUCAAGAAAACGAUUGCUACCUGUUACGUUUGCUGUAGAACUAAUCCCCGUUCCUCCAUUCAGUAUAUGGGAGACCUGCCAGAUUAUCGCAUCACGCCGUCGCCAGUGUUUGCGAACACAGGGGUGGACUAUGCCGGUCCAGUGAUACUAAAGGAGGCUGGCAGAAAGACUGUUCCGUACAAGGCAUAUAUAGCGGUGUUCAUUUGUUUGGCGACCAAAGCCAUCCAUCUUGAGGUGGUUUCUACUCUAACCACAGACAACUUUAUUGCGGCCCUGCAGCGGUUUAUAAGCAGACGUGGUAUGGUAAUCAACCUUUAUUCCGAUAACGGAACAACGUUUGUCGGAGCAAACCACGAACUAGCGGCACUGCGGACACUAUUCGAGGAUCAGAGCCACCAGAGAAAGCUGAACGAUUUCUGCGUUACGAAGGGCAUUCAGUGGCACUUUAUUCCCCCACGGAGCCCCCACUUCGGCGGCAUAUGGGAGGCGGGUGUCAAGUCGGCAAAGUACCACUUGAAGCGUGUAGUUGGCGAGACCAAGUUAACGUAUGAAGAAAUGGCUACAUUUCUGGCUCAAGCAGAGGCCAUUUUGAAUAGUAGGCCGCUCAUCCCAGUAUCCGAUGACCCGAACGACGUCGAAGUCUUGACACCUUCCCAUUUUUUAAUUGGACGAUCUGCUGUGAGCCUGCCGGAGCCAUCAUACGACCAAGAGAAAAUCGGCCGGCUUAGUCGCUGGCAACAUAUCAGCCUGAUGAAGGAGCACUUCUGGCGACGUUGGUCAGCGGAAUAUUUGCAUCACCUUCAGUCUCGUCCGAAGUGGCACAGCCGUGUCAGCAAGUUUGAAGUAGGAUCGCUUGUGGUGCUCAAGGACGACAAUGCACCACCCCAUCAGUGGCGUCUUGGCCGCAUCCAGGCCACCCAUCCGGGGAAGGAUGGGAUAGUGCGAGUGGUAACUGUAAAGACAUCAACUGGAGGGUAUAGACGAGCGGUUACUAAGGUUUGCGUUCUUCCAUUGAUUGAUCCCGAGGAAUCAACGGGGGGAGAAUGA